GAUUUUGAUGAAUUCAGCUGGCAUAAUAUUUGUGUUCCCAGCUUGGUGACCGAGCUCGCUCAGGCAGCCGGGAAACUUGAGUGCAGUAGCGCAAAGCUCCUUUCCACCGGUUUGAGACGUGACCGCCGCGUUUCCCCCACAUCCCCCCUCUAGCCGUGACUGUCGUCUCCACUGGGCAUCGCGUCUCAGAACAGCGCCACUGCAGCAGCGUACUGCAGUCUUUCAGCUUACAAUGCCUUUCUGAAGUGCUCGAAACAGUCGCUGCCCCUCUAGCGUCGGCUAGGUUAUCAAUAUGUUGAUUUAUCCGCUUUUGGAAGGCGUCAUGUUUGUGUGGAACUGGUAACAGCAACUCCCACCCCGAAAAGUUACUGCGUUCCAUUCUGGAUCUUCGAGGCUGUCGUUUUCUCAGUAGACUCCCUCAGUCAACCUGCUGUCAAUCUCGUGCUGGUUCCAUACCUGCUUCAGCGUGCUGCGUGUGGCUCUACCGUAAUUCUGUUCGGUCCGCACAGUCCGCAAUGCAGUUCCAAAAGCGUGCGUCUCAUCCCUGUGGGUGUGUAUUUGAAUCAGUUUCCAAGCUGCGAUACACAACAUGAAACUUCAUGCCGCAUUAGGUGGUUUCAAUGAAUGGGCAUUAGAUAUGCCUCCCACUCAGCCGCCUCCCCGGCGUCAGGCUCCGGUGGAUCAAGAAACAACUCAAGACACUCAACCCGUGUCAAUCUCGCCUUCGCCGGAAGAUUCCGCAGGUGAUUCGGGUGGAGGUGAUGUUGGUGUCUCCAAUCGUCUUGGCACCGAAUCCUUUUUACAAAAAAAAGAACUUUUAGCAUGAGUAGCAAGUGCGGUAUUUCGAGGACUGUAGACCCUGACGAGCCUCGGGGAAGCGAGAGUGCUCUCUUCAAAAGUGUUGUAGAGGGAGAUAUUGCAGCUGUAUCAUCCGUGGAGCGCCCAUUGAUGCCAUCCUUUUCUGGACAUGACACCGGUCGAGAUUCCAUGUUGAAUGUUACGCCUGAUAGCUUGUCACCACCCGCGUCAAAGCGACUGUCACAUCUGUCUGCGGACAUCCUUGGUGCAGGUCUGCUUCCGAUGAAGUCAACAGGGAAUUUGUCCACAGCAACGUGCGAAGGCUCUGAUCCCGGUUCCCCUCCACUUCCCCGCGCUCCAGCGCAUCUCCUUGUUUCAGCCGCGGUGUAUUCUCCGGUAUGCGGCGACUAUAAGAAGCGCAACCCCCCGGUUGAUGAUCGGGCCGAGUGGUGCUACCGCCAUACCUUCCAUUCCAUUUCUGCCCGUCCAACUCUCAUUCAAGAGCACAUGCUUCCCUGCACGGAAUUCCACAUGACAAAACCAGUGAAUGCAAGUUCGUCUGCCACUAAUGAGCGUUUCUGUCCUAGAUGCGGUUUUCCGCCAGACAAGUGCUCGUCUCCUCGACCCUCUCCGCGGGAUGACCAUUCUUUGAAACCCCAAAAGUUUUGGAAAAAUGAAAUCAGCAAUGUAAAUACAAUCAUGAGGAGUGCUCAAGGAAGAGAUUAUUUAUCAGGACGAACUCCCAAUAUGGAGGCGAACUGGCUGAGUAUUGAGGAGCGACCUCUGAACGAUGGACAACAGCUCACGGAGUGUCAGACAGAUCUUUCUCUGUCACCUGCUCGGUCUACGCGUUCUUCGGGUUCGGUGUCUUCUUUUGUCGAAUCAAAGAAAUUAUGUGUUUGCUCAGAGGCGUUUGGAGCGCCUAAACCUGCUUACAAGAAUGGUGGUAGCCACAAGCGUGUCCCCAGCCAGCAAAGAGCCGUAAGUACGCGGUAUGACUCCCCAAGGAGUGGAGCAUCUCAGUCACAUCGAGAAUCUGGAAGAAGUAAAUCGGGUUCAGAGUGUGAAGACUGUAGUAGAAGAUCAGCUGGUAAGAACAGUAUGUCCCGCACCGCGUUGUUUGCGGUGGAGGGAGUCCAUGCAUCGAAACUUGUUCAUCUGAGGAGGCUACGCAAUGGUCACUACCGGCGUGUCAGCAAACCGAGGUACAGGCGCGGGGAUGACGGCCUUUUUGAGGACCCCCUUUCACAAAGCUUUCACAGCCUGAAAAACUGUUCCUGCUGUGCGGUGGAAGAUGCGUCUCACGUGCUCAUUUCUCCUAACGCGUCAAUAUCCCGCCGGACGGGUCGAGAUCAAGGAGAGAACAACUGUAGGAAUUAUCAUGAAUUCGAGGAAAACCUGAAAGGCAGUCCAGCGAAAGAACGGGAUUUGCCGAGAAGGCGGUCGGAACAAGAAACAGAAUCGGUCAGUCGCCUGAAAGCAAAGAUUGAAGAGUUGAAAGAUGCUCUUCGGGUAGCGGAUCAGCGAAUUGCCACUCAGCAGCAGGAUGAACGGGCAUACAUCGAAAACGUCAAGGCUUUGAGACAAAAACUGCACAGACUUGAGGAAAAGCAAACCUCUGGUGGCAGUCUGAACAGUGAGACCAAGCUGGUGCAGAGUCAGUUAAACGAGCAGGAGGUACCUCUGCGGGAAGCAUAUAUCCCGAAAGUCGCCACGGAAGAUAUCGGGGUUCAGACUAGGAAUGUCGGAGUCAUUUUGCUUAGGGAACCUCGUCUGAAAAGUGGGAUAUAUGCAGACAUUUUGCUUGGCUCAGAGCGCCGGAUGAUGGCGUUGCGGGUUGACUACGCACUCCGCCUUAUUGUGCUGACUCACCAGGAUACCAUCAAGUUGAUUCCAGUGUUGGAUGUAUUGCGCAUGUUAACAAAGUAUGAAGAGCUACGCCGGUUGCUGGAGAAACAAGGUGUCCGUAGAGAAGAAGUACCAGACGAAGAAAUCGACCACAUUGUGGCUCUUUUCUUGUCGGCAGGCAAUCCUUUGUCACCUCUCGUGAUUGUAUUUCGCUCGGAGCACCUUCGAAACGUCUUCGUUGCGCAUGUUACACAGCUUCGGUUCUCGGCGGAGGUGGAGGGAGGCCAUUUGUUUGACAAGGGCUUCCAUGGCGAACAGUUCAAGGAUGACUGGCUCAGUGCUACAGGAGGAAAGAAAUAUUGACUCAGCCGAUCACAAGAUGCUAAAAAGGACAAUGUGAACUCGAUUGUGUGUAUCCGAGAUCCAAGGCAUUCGGGGAAGUGUUUGAAAUACGUCGUAUUACGUCUCAACCGGAAGUGAAGAAAGCUUUUUGCACGUGUGCCUUUGGUGAUCGUAAAAGUUUAUCAGCGGGUGAACAUCAGCUUGAUGGGUGUAUCCAGGAUGAUGUUGGCGAGUCGAACGCCAAGUAUCCGCGGAACACAUUUGCAGUCAGGAGUGACGGCUAACGUACCACGAGAGUGUGUAACAGCACAAAUGAGAGGUGUCGGGGGGUCCAGGGUCCUCCCUGGUUGCACACCAGUAUUUAUCUCAAGUGUACAAGACGAUGACGAUUGCCUGGGAGUGUACAUAUGUAAUACGUAGCCGCGUUCCUGUGCACCUUCGAUUUUGAACGAGUUUACCAGUGUUUUCACUCCACUAGUGGGGUAGAGAUCUGCCGAAAGAACCUUCAAGCGGUGGUUUCUAUGAACUUCUCGUAUGUUUCUUCCGCACACAGUGGAAACGGUCGUGCAAUGUGUGUGCGGUCGAGCCGCUUAGGUGGCCAGUCAUACUUGCACAGAAAUACACCAUGAUCCACAUGAGCAGUACAUCUCAGUUCCCAUGAGCGAGCUCCUUCGUGAUUGAGGUAGUAUGUUAAUUUUGCGGCUUCACUUCGGCAACAUCCGCGAGUCGUCAAUUGCAUGGACCACAAGUUGUUGUUCAGAGUUUCAUUUGGGAACAAAGUUAGGGUUUGUAUACCUACUCCCCAGAAUGCAGGAGGCCUCCGACCUUCAUGACUGGCGAGGGCAUGCAUGUUCUACAAGAAGCAAAUGAAAUAAUGCAACCCCGUGGUGACGCUCGUAAUCCUCAUCUCGGGGGGCACGUUCUCCUUGAGUCGACUGCCUCGAACUAACUACUCACGAGAAUUACUUACAGGCGUAACGCGGACAGGAUACCGUUUUGUCUUUUCGUAAGGAUAGUAACGGUUGCCCGGUAGAUAGCGUUAGGUUCUUCAGCAAUUUCGAGUUGUCGUUCUCCCUUCUGAAGGAACUUCGUUUUUGCCGUGGCCCCUUUGUUCAGAGCUCCAAAAACAGAAAACAGUACUCUAGUGAAUACCUCUAGCCGUUUCCAGGCACGUAUUUAUUAUCUCUCGUUAGUGGUAGCGUUCAGAUUCCCGUAUGGAUGUGUCUCUUCACAUGAACCGCUGCACCUGCUGUAGUCGUCGAAGAAAAAGUUUCAUCAGAAGAAAAUGGUAAGGGAAGCUUGGCAAGGGCUCAAGCCCUCUGCAAAAAAUGACGGCUCUUUUCGUGACCCGUCAAGAAAAAUGGCUUGUUUAUGCGGACUGGCAUCGAGGCUCAACAAGUAAAAAGCAGACGGUCUUUUCCGUCUUUUCCGUUCCGCCUCUAAGGGGAACUACGUUUUUUUUUUCAACUAUGGACAAUAUUGAUAAUGGAUGACGGAACAGGUCUCCCCAUCACAGCGUGCAGACACCGCAAAGAUAGUAGAAGUGCGGUACACGGUUCGGAUGUGUACGGCCAGUCACUUUUGUUUGUACAACCAAACGC